AUGUUGUUAGCUAGAACAAAGGUGCGGAGAUUCUCCACUUUGUCGAUACGACUCAAUCAAACAAAACCAAACUAUUCCAAGACUCUUCAAUUACCCAAAACUAACUAUGGGGCCAGAAUACCCAAAGGAGAACUCAGACAACAAUUAAUAAAACAAACUUCACAAGACCUAUAUUCAUGGCAACAGGAAAACAAGACCUCCGAGAAAAAUGGGAAAUUCAUCCUUCAUGAUGGUCCACCAUAUGCUAAUGGUGAUUUACAUCUCGGUCAUGCCCUAAAUAAGAUCUGUAAAGAUAUCAUCAACAGAUUUCAAUUGAUAUACUAUAAUAAAUUAAUCGAUUAUCGUCCUGGAUGGGAUUGUCAUGGAUUACCAAUUGAGAUGAAGGUAGAGACAACUGAUCCUGAAAAGCAUAAGAAUCGAUCUGCAAGAGAAAUCAGACAAGCUUGUCGAGAUUUGGCUAAUUAUAUGAUUGAUAGACAACGGAUUCAAUUUAAAGAUUUUGCCAUAAUGGCAGAUUUCGAGAAACCAUAUAUUACAAUGGAUCAUGGAUAUGAGAUAAAUCAAUUGAAGGUGUUUAGGAAAUUAGUGGAGAAUGGAUUGUUGUCACAACAAUUGAAACCUGUUUGGUGGGGUUGUGAUACUCAGACGGCAUUGGCAGAGGCAGAAUUGGAAUAUAAUGAUAAUCAUAAGUCAGUGGCUAUCCAUGCUAAAUUCCCAGUUGUUAGUGAUGAGCUUUAUGAAUAUAUUGAAUCUAGUUUUGGAAAAAGUAUCAAAAAGGGAGAUUUAAAAUUAUUGAUCUGGACAUCUACCCCAUGGACUAUGCCAGCUAAUAAAGCUAUAUGUGUGAAUCGACAUCUGGCAUAUACAUUAAUCCAAAACUCUGGUGGGAGUGAAUAUUUGGUAGUUGGGAAACUCUUAGUCGAUGACAUCCUUAAACUUAACGACCAAUACAGAAUUGUCGAUCCUCAAAUUGAAAUCCCAGGAGAUAAAGUCGCCGGAAACCUAUACAUUAAUCCUGCCGCCAAGGAUAACCAAACACGCCCCGUAUUGCAUGGAGAUCAUGUUACUGAAACGGCAGGUACUGGAUUAGUUCACAAUGCACCAGCACAUGGACGAGAAGAUUAUUUAGUUGCCAAGAAGUAUGAAUUAAGUCUCGAUUCCGUUGUUGAUAAUACUGGUCGAUAUGUGAAUGGGAAACUUGCACGUGGGUUUGAAUCAUUAGGUAAUUCAAAAGUGACUGAUAUAAAGACAAAUUUAAUCUGUGCUCAAAUAUUAGCCGAUAAUGAUAUGUUAUUCCACCUAAACAAGAAAUUCACCCAUUCUUAUCCCUAUGAUUGGAGAUCCAAAACACCAGUUAUCCAAAGAGCAACACCUCAAUGGUUUGUUAAUGUUGAAACUAUAAAACCCCAUGCUAUUGAAGCACUUUCAAAGGUUAAGUUUUAUCCAGAAAAGGGGAGUAAUCGAUUAACAUUGUUUGUUGAGAAUAGAAGUGAAUGGUGUAUUUCUCGACAAAGAGUCUGGGGGGUCCCACUUCCGAUUAUAUAUAAUAAAAAGACCGAUGAACCUGUUAUGAAUUUGGAAAUUAUUGAUCAUUUAAUUGAAAAAUUGAAUGAAUUCGGGACUGAUGAAUGGUUUGUUCCAGAAGAAGAUAUAAGUAGAUGGUUACCAAGUGAAUCAUAUAAUGGAGCCGAUUAUUACAAAGGACAAGAUACUAUGGAUGUCUGGUUUGAUUCCGGGACAUCUUGGAAUACAUUAAGACCUACAAUGGAAGAAUGUGCUGAUGCAGAAGAACCGCUUGCAGACGUGUAUUUGGAAGGUAGUGAUCAACAUCGAGGUUGGUUCCAAUCUUCAAUAUUGAAUAAGGUGAUUUAUUCAGGGAAAUCGGGAGAAACUUAUAGUCCGGUGGCACCAUUCAAGAACGUGAUCACUCACGGGUUUAUUACUGAUGGGAAGGGGCAGAAGAUGUCAAAAUCAAAAGGAAAUGUAUUCUCACCUACUGAAGCUAUUGAGGGAUGUAAGAAACCGAUGACUCCAUAUUUAGGUCCAGAUGGAUUGAGAUUAUGGGUGGCUUCAUCUAAUUAUAAACAGGAUGUUAAUUUCAGUCCAGAGGUUUUGAAUCGUGUUUCUGAAGUUGGUAAGAAAUAUAGGGUUACCUUUAAAUAUUUGUUAGGAAACCUAAAUAAUUUUGACCAAGCUGUUGAUUAUUCUCAAUUGAAUGAUUUGGAUAAGUAUACUUUACAUACAUUGUAUCAAUUACAACAACAAUGUAUUGAGUUUUAUAAGGAUUAUAAUUUCCCUCGUGUUAUUAGUUCGAUUAAUUUACAUGUGAAUACCACCUUGAGUUCAAUAUAUUUCGAUAUUUCAAAGGAUUGUUUGUAUACCGACAAAGCCAAUUCUCCAAGAAGGAAAGGUGUACAGACUGUGCUUAAUGAGAUCUUCAAGACUUAUGUUGGAUUAUUGGCACCUAUACAACCACUCUUGACUCAAGAAGUUUGGAGCGAAUACGUGAAAAUUGGUAAUAAUACUGCAAGUGCCAGUUCUCCUUUCCAGCUUGGAGAUUGGAGCAAGGCGUUUGCUUUGUCAGAAUCGUAUAUCAAUGAAGGAUUGGCCGAAGAGUUUGAAGAUUUCUUAGAGUUUAGAAGUGAUGUUUACAAAUUGGCCCAAUCAUCAGGUGCAAAGAAUAAAUUAGAAUAUAAGCUCGUUAUUGAAACCAAUAAAGACACUAAAAUGUUUGAAUUUUUAAAACGUAAUGAAUCAUAUCUCGAUGAUUUAUUCCUAUUUUCAAAAGUUGAAGUAGUUGACAAGCAACAUGGUCCUACGGAUAUUGAAGCUAAUUGGAAAGAAAAUGUUGUAUUUUCAAUUGAAAAAUCAUCUGAUUGCAAAUGUCCUAGAUGUUGGAAAUUUAAUUCUAAGCAAGAAGAUCAUUUAUGUCCUAAGUGUGAUGACGUUGUCAAUUGA